CAGCUUCAACGCUGAGCUCGACUUCUCGCUGUGAUCAGUGACGCGUGGACCGUGAAAGCGAACAAAACAUGAGUUUCGGUCUCAGACUCAACUGGCCAGCUGUGCAUCGUCCGCUGCUGGAUGUGGUGUUGCUGGGCAUCCUGCUCGUGCUGAGUGAGAACUUUAAGGAACUUUGGGAUUGGACAACGCAACGUGGCUUCUUCUGUGACGAUGAGUCGCUUAUGUAUCCCUAUCACUCGAACACCGUUUCGUCCAGCAUGCUUCACUGGUUGGGCUUGUAUUUGCCGCUGCUGUUGCUACUCAUCUUGGAGAGCUGUCGUUGCAGGCGACCGUUAGAUUCGAAGUGGCAACAAUACUGGCCGGUCUACAACACGCUGCGCUGGUUUCUCUUUGGUCAUGUUGCAAGCUCGGUGCUCAAGAAUAUGGGCAAACACACAAUUGGUAGACUACGUCCACAUUUCUUUGACAUCUGUCGUCCGCAACUGGCCGAUGGCGGCUUCUGCACCGACGAUGCCCAUCGGCAGGGCGGUGUCUACCACACCGUUUACACCUGUGUCUCUGGCGCUGAUACUGAAUUGAUUUUCGAUGCGCACAUCUCCUUUCCCAGCGGUCACUCGAGUAUGGCGUUCUAUGGUCUGGUCUUUGUGGCGCUCCACUUGCAGCGCAUCCGCCGGACACUGCCUGACAAUAUGCUGCGUCCAUUGUGCCAGCUGGUGUGCGUCAGUAUCGCCUCAUUUGUCGGCCUUAGCCGUGUCAUGGAUUACAAACACCAUUGGUCGGAUGUUGUGGCCGGCUCACUGCUUGGCACCCUCGUUGCCCUUGCGGUCGUCCGUGCAGCGGAACAGGAGCACCGAUUGCAUCUGCUGUGCAUAGACCAGAAACAGCAGCAGCAGCAGAAUAAGCAACAGCAAAAUGCAAAUACAAUGGCACCACAAACAGUUGCCGUUGAUAAAGUGGUCACAAGUGGAAGCAGCCAAACAGAGCCAGCAAGUGCUGCAUGCGAAGUUGGCCAGCAGCUGCCACAAGAUUUGUCCGUAGUUACGUGCCUUAGUUCUAAUUAGUUUCUAAGUGUACCAUAGCUUAAGCUCGUUAAUAAAUUUAAAAUAAUAAAUACCAUAUAAUAAAAAGAUGAGUGACAAUAAAGAUACACAAUUCAUUUAA